AGCCACCAUGAAAACUAUCCACAUAUGCCAUCGUGGUCCGAUUGCAGAUUGGGAAAGAGCAGAGGACGAAAGACCCUGUUGCCCCUCCCCGUGUGCUAAACUUUGUUACGCGCACCCUGUACAAAUGCACAAUGUUUUUAAGAUCAGUGCAGCCCUCCACUGAGAGUGUGAAACCUAGCGCCUCUCUGCGGACGACUAGAGAG